AACAACUUAUUAUCACACAACCAUGUUAACGAAUCAUGAAAGCUGACAAACAUAAUACAAUUACACAAUCUUUUUCUACUUUCCUUCCCAACCUUAAAAAAUUUCCAUGCUUUUCCCCUAUUAAAAUCCCUCCCCUCUUUUCUUCCUCCCGUCCUCUCUCGAGAAAUGGCCAACUUAGCCACUCUGUUCCUUCUCUUCUCGAGCUUACUAUCCUCUUUGUACGCUGUACAGGCUAUGCCACAUAAACAUUGGCCUUCAGGAGGAUCAACCAGGUUCUAUGACUUCAAGGUACAAACUCUCAGAGUCACUAAACUCUGCAACACCAAAGAGAUCGUUACAGUCAACAAAAUAUUCCCGGGCCCUGUCGUGUAUGCCCAGGAAGAUGAUAGAAUCAUUGUUACAGUCACCAAUGAGACCCCAUACAAUGUCACCAUCCACUGGCAUGGAGUGAGGCAGAAGCUGUCCUGCUGGUUCGACGGUCCAUCGUACAUUACUCAGUGUCCGAUUCAAGCUGGCCAGAGUUUCACGUACGAGUUCACCAUGGUGAAGCAGAAAGGCACCUUUUUCUGGCACGCUCAUGUUUCCUGGCUCCGGGCCACAGUCUAUGGUGCCCUUAUUGUUUACCCCAAGACAGGCGUUCCUCAUCCUUUCAAGCAUCCUUACGAAGAACACAUUGUAAUCCUCGGUGAGUAUUGGCUCAAAGACGUUGUCCAGCUCGAGAAACAAGUCCUCGCCAGUGGCGGAGGUUCUCCCCCCGCCGAUGCCUUCACCAUUAACGGCCACCCUGGACCCAACUACAAUUGCUCAUCUAAUGAUGUGUAUAAGAUUGAUGUGGUUCCGGAGAAGACGUACAUGCUAAGGCUGAUAAACGCCGGUUUAAACAUGGAGAACUUUUUCACCAUAGCCAAUCACAAGAUGACGAUCGUGGAGGUGGAUGCAGAGUACACGAAGCCGUUCACCACCGACCGUGUGAUGGUGGGACCGGGACAGACCAUCAACGUUCUCGUCACCGCCGAUCAACCCAUCGGAAUAUACUCCAUGGCCAUGGGACCCUACAUGUCAGCCCAAAACGUUUCCUUCCAAAACAUAUCCUCAAUCGCCUACUUCAAUUACUUAGGCGCCGCGACCAACAGCAUCUCAUUACCGGCGAAGUUACCUUCGUUUAAUGAUAAUCUGUCCGUUAAGACCGUCAUGGACGGUCUAAGAAGCCUUAAUCAAGUGAGUGUUCCUAAGGAAAUCGACAUGACUCUGUUUGUUACCGUUGGAUUGAACGUUAACAAGUGCAAAUCCAAGACGCCGCAACAGAACUGCCAGGGUCCGAACAACGGCACAUUUGCGGCGUCUAUGAACAAUUUCACUUUCGUUAAGCCGCCGAUUUCGGUUCUGGAAGCUUACUAUAAGAACAUUGAAGGACAAUUCACAGAGGAUUUUCCUGGGGCACCCCUUCAGUUCUAUGACUUUGUCGAUGGGGCACCAAAUAAUGCCCCUAAUAAUACACAGGCUCUAAAUGGGACCAAGACCAAGGUAAUUGAAUACGGGACUAAUGUGCAGAUAAUUUUCCAAGACACUGGGACGGUCAGCACAGAAAACCACCCAAUCCAUCUUCACGGUUACAGCUUCUAUGUUAUCGGAUUUGGUACGGGCAACUUUAAUAUACGGACGGCGAAUUUCAACCUGGUGGAUCCGCCUUACAUGAACACCAUUGGAGUUCCAGUAGGCGGAUGGGCGGCAAUUCGGUUUGUUGCUGACAAUCCGGGGGUAUGGUUCAUGCACUGUCACAUUGAUGUGCACCAGUCAUGGGGACUAGGCACGGUGUUGAUAGUGAAAAAUGGGGUCGGAGAGCUGGAGACUCUACCACAUCCACCGGUAGAUCUGCCGCAGUGCUAGAGCUGAUUGAUUCUAAUUAUGAUCGUGAUCUUUCCGAUUGAGGAUUCUUUGGCGCGCAAUAUGUUCUAAAUUUCCUCUAAGUUCAUAAAAUUGUGGAUUUUUUUUUUUUUUGAGAAAAGAUAACAUGAAUAUUAUGGAUUUUUUUUAAAAAAAAUUUUAACCGAAUCUUGAAAAUGAAUUUGUGGGUGUUUGUUUGUAAACAAGUGGAUUAAUAAAAUUGCAAAUUACUA